CGCAUGGUCAGAGGUGCAGGCUGGCGGGUCCUGGGCGGGUAGCGGAGGCCGGCCUGCCCCGGCCCCGCCCUCUGUGCCCGGUCGCCCCGGUUCCCUUUCCGGGCGGGGGGCGGGCGCCGGCGUCUCUGCUUUAUGCGGAGUCGGCUCCUGUAGCUCUCUUCGACAAGCAUGGCAGCUCGGAGGAGCUGGGCCGUGCUGCGGCUCUGCGCCGCAGUUGUUUUACUUGAUAUGGCUUUCAGUAAAGGAUUUGUAGAAGAUCUAGAUGAAUCGUUUAAAGAAAAUCGAAAAGAUGACAUUUGGCUUGUAGAUUUUUAUGCGCCAUGGUGUGGCCAUUGUAAAAAACUGGAACCGAUUUGGAAUGAAGUUGGUGUUGAGAUGAAGAGCAUUGGUUCUCCAGUUAAAGUUGGAAAGAUGGAUGCUACUUCCUAUUCCAGCAUUGCUUCAGAGUUUGGAGUUCGAGGUUAUCCAACAAUUAAGCUAUUAAAGGGGGACUUGGCAUAUAAUUACAGAGGACCACGAACUAAAGAUGAUAUUAUUGAGUUUGCUCACAGAGUAUCUGGGGCUCUAAUUCGGCCACUUCCAAGUCAGCAAAUGUUUGAACAUAUGCGGAAGAGACAUCGUGUAUUUUUUGUUUAUAUAGGUGGAGAAUCACCUUUGAAAGAGAAAUACAUAGAUGCUGCUUCAGAGUUGAUUGUAUAUACAUACUUCUUUUCUGCCUCAGAAGAAGUAGUUCCUGAGUAUGUGACACUAAAAGAGAUGCCUGCUGUGCUUGUUUUCAAAGAUGAAACUUACUUUGUAUAUGAUGAGUAUGAAGAUGGUGAUCUGUCAUCGUGGAUCAAUAGGGAGAGGUUUCAGAAUUAUCUUGCUAUGGAUGGCUUCCUCUUGUAUGAACUUGGAGAUACAGGAAAGCUCGUGGCUAUUGCAGUUAUUGAUGAGAAAAACACAUCCAUUGAACAUACCAGAUUAAAGUCAAUUAUUCAGGAAGUUGCUAGAGAUUACAGAGACCACUUUCAUAGGGUUUUUCAGUUUGGCCAUAUGGAUGGAAAUGACUAUAUAAAUACCUUGCUGAUGGAUGAAUUGACAGUCCCAACUGUAGUUGUACUGAAUACUUCAAACCAACAAUACUUCUUGCUAGACAGACAGAUUAAGAAUGCUGAAGACAUGGUCCAGUUCAUUAAUAACAUUUUGGAUGGCACAGUAGAAGCCCAAGGAGGUGAUAGCAUUUUGCAGAGAUUGAAAAGAAUAGUAUUCGACGCCAAAUCUACUAUUGUGUCUAUAUUCAAGAGCUCACCACUUAUGGGCUGCUUUCUCUUUGGCCUGCCACUGGGUGUCAUCAGUAUCAUGUGCUAUGGGAUCUACACAGCUGACACAGAUGGAGGUUAUAUCGAAGAAAGAUAUGAAGUGUCUAAGAGUGAAAUUGAAAGCCAAGAACAGAUAGAAGAGAGCAAAGAAAAACAGGAGCCAAGUAGUGGAGGAUCUUUAGUGCCUGCAGUGCAAGAACCCAAGGAUGUAUUAGAAAAGAAGAAAGAUUGAGACUUUACUAGUAUAAAAUAUUUGAUAGGAUUUCAAAUUAUUAAAGAAUCUAUUUAUUGAAUUUAGACAUUUAAUCAUGAUCUUUACAGAAGAAAACAUGUUAUUUGUAUUUUGUUAAUAUCAACUGCAUGGAUUAAAGUACUCCUUCCAUAAAUGUGGAGAUGUUUGGAGCAAAGAGAUGAUUUGUCUAAAACUAACAAAGUCAAAGCACUCCAUCGAAGUUUACCUAUAGGUGUUAUAACAGAUCAGUUCUAUUUGCAUGUUUCUCUAUCUGAAUAUUCUGUGACAAAGUUAAGAUUCUUGGCAGAAUAUUUAAAUUGAUCAGUCAGGUAGAAGAUACGUGUUUGAUAUGGAAAAGUAGUAACUUCCAUCUCUUAACCAUCUAUCCUCUUCAUAUAUUUUGGAUAAGAUAUAUAUGGACAAAAUUAAGUCUUUAAAAUGUAGGCACUUUAAGGAGAACUGAUAACUUUUUCCAUGUAUCAAAUUAGGAUUAUGAGGUUAAGAAUAAUAUGGUUUUUAUAUAGCAUAGUGGUUUUAUUUUGUUAUUAUUUUUAAAGGAGAGGAAAUGUUACUUUUUAACUUUAUACUCAGUUGCAUUAUUAUAAAAUUUUCAUAUGGGCCUAUAUAGUGGGAAAAAGUAGUCUCGUUAUUGACCUUUUCAAAAUAAACAGGAUUUACUGGGAACAGUGGUUUGAAUCCAUGCUCUGGAAUAAAUACUCUUAGAUGGUGUCUCGUGGGUCAUUGCAGGAAGAGAAGUGUCUCUGUUAAUCCUACCCUCCUUUAGCCAUAAUACCUUAGUCUUUUUGUUUUGUUCCAUUUCUAUUUUAUAUAUUGAGAUUUCUUCUAAAAUUUUCUUUGAUAAUCUGUUUUUUGAAAAGUAAUAUAUAUCAUAUUUUUAUGUGUAUGGUAUAUAAACUUUAUGGUAACUCCUAGUCCAAAAUAUGUGUGUAUUUAUACACAUACACACACACAAUUUAUUGACACAUCUGUUAUGUAAUGCUGUGGGUGUAACUGUGUGUUCAGAAUGAGUAAUGAGUGAUGUAAUUAGCAUGUCAAGUGACAAAAGUCACAUGCAGUGCAAAAAAGAGAUUGGCCAGUUACUUUCUCCAUUCUGUUAAUUCUGGCACCCAUAUCAAUGAGUAAACCUCUUCUAUCUAUAGUGAAAUAAUAUAGGAAUUCUAUCCCAAUUAGUGUCUAAAAAUUGGUAUUUUUUUAAGUAACUGUUUUGUAUUUAUUGUAGAUUAGUUAUUUUUGAGGACUUCAUUUUACCUACCCAAGUUUAGAAUUUUUAUUAGGUAACUAUUGUUUGGGUGGUUAUUCAUUGAAUGAUUUAGUUAUUAAUUAUAAAAGAUUGUCCUGAACAUUUUUAGAUGUUUAAUCAUUUUAAAAAUAUGUGAUUGAUGGUCCCGACACUGAAAUUGGCUUUGGUCAGCAGUGGCAGUCUUUGGUUGUUUCCGAUGCCAUAUUGAUCAGGACUAAACUGAAACUCUUGGAUCUUAAGGAAUUACUAGUCAUAGUUUUAUUAUAUUCAUGUGCUCUUUUAGUAUUUAAUAAUUACUCAUUCUUAAUGUUUGGCACCCCAUUUUUAUUAUUUAAUAAUGAAACAGAUAUAUAGUCACAGGGAAUUUUGGGAAAUACUAGAAUGAAAAGUUCUUAAAUGGAAACUGGAGCAUGCUGUUAAUUAACAAGUAGAUUUUUCUCCAAAGAAUAUUGAGACAUUCUUUGGGAAGAUAAAUAUUAAUGUUCCCUGUGGUCAAGCUUGUUUUGCAGUAGUGAAAAGCUUACAUAAGUGCAGAUGCCUCAUUUGAGAUUCGGUCUAGUAAGGAAGUGCAAAUUUAGCAGUGACAUGAGCAAAUAGUUAUAGAAAAUAUCAUUCAUUUUUUUUCUUCAUGCUUGUCACUAUCAGUUGUUAGUCAUCUGCAUAUUUUGUCUUGUCCAUCAUCACCUGUAAAUGAAAGAUGUCAGGUGGGUAGGGAUAAAGCUUAACAUGUCAGUAAACAAAAAUCCAGUGAUUUUGCUUUGUAUUCUGUGAUGUUGUCCUUUAUAAAUGAAAGCCUUAGUUGUUAUCCUUUUCACAACUCUUCUGUUGCCUCAUAUUCUAGUUGUGCUUUGAAAGUGUGUCUAUUGGGAAAACAAAAUAUGUAGGUGGUUUGUAAUGAAUAAUUUUAUUUCUUCCGUUUUGUAUUAAAAUUUUGCUUUUUACUUUUGAGUAUUUUUAUUUACAUUGUCAAACUACUCACAAAACAGAUUUUUAAAUUUGUUCACUAGUAUGCUUUUUCCCUUUAAUGUGACAUCAGAGCUUACUAUGAAUGAUAUUUUCAUUUCAGGAAAAAUUACUUCAAAAUAAAGGCAGAUCUCUUAAUAACUGAGUCUAGUAGAAGAACAUAAAUAUUUUAAUUCAGUGACUAAUCUUAUCAUGUUUACAUAUCAGUAGUGAGGUCCUGCAGAAAGCUGGAGGUUUUGCCUUCUCUUUCAGUUGGAACAAAGCUCUAUUUCUAAAAAUCCAAAAUUCUAGAUCCUCGCUGUUGCUGAAUCUGGUGCUCCGAUUAAUAUUUAAGGAUAUUUCAAAGAGAGAAAAUACAUGUUUUUAUCAAGUACCCUCUGCACGCCAUUAUAGCUUGCAAUCUUUUUGUUUCAUUUUGUGCAUCAAUGUUUUUCUGGCUACUAUUAUCUGAAACUUGUUUAAGGUGUACUAGACCUAGAAUUUUCAUUUUCUUCAUCACACAUAGUGCUUCCUGUUAUCUGGUUUAGAAAUAACAUUAAGAUGCCAGGUGUCUACACAGGUUGAAGGAAGGGUCUGUAUGAGUAGUUAAAACAAUUAGCUGUAUUGUUUUUUAGUGAAUUUUGUUGUUAAUGAUGUUUUGUGUAUUUGGUGGGGUUUUUUGGUUUUGCAAAAUGUUUUCAUCAUUGCUUUGUAUGAUAUGGUGGUAGAACAAGAAAAAAAUCACUCAGCUAUUAUACAGAAAUUAUUCAAAUAAACCAGUAUAGGAUAUUAAGACUAUCAAUUGGUGGAGUUAGGUUUGCCAUUUUAUUUUUUAUAAAUAUAUAUUUUUUUCUGAGUGUGCGUGAGUCCAGGAGUGAGCAAAAAAUAAUUUUCUACUUUGGACUAAUCUAUAAAGGUUUUUGAGAGUCUGUAUUACUAACUUGUUGAAUUCAUGGUACCCUGCCUUAUGGAACCAAUUGUUAACUUUUGUUUUUCUAAAAUAAAGUAAUUGAAAAUAUGCAA